AUGAGGGCACCCAUUCCGGGACUUCUACUCAAGCUUUAUUUGGCUGCAACGAAUGCUACGGUUAGAGCUUUGCUUGCUCAAGAUGACCAUGAUGGGGAGGAAAGCCCUAUUUAUUACGUGAGUAGACAGUUAAGAGGAGUCGAUGCCAGAUAUUCGAAGACUGAGCUCUUAUGCCUUGCCCUUGUCUACACUGCACAACAAUUGCAACAUUACUUCAUUGCUCAGAAGCUACAACUUACAGUGAAGUCCGAUCCUGUGAGGUAUUUGCUCAUGAGACCAGUAUUGUCAAGACACCUUGCACGUUGGUUGCUACAACUAUCUGAGUUUGAUAUCACAUGCAUAACCCCAAGAGCUAUCAAAGGACAAGCUGUGAUCGACAUGUUAACCAUGUUCCUUGAAGCAGAGGAGAUCAUCCUUUCUGAAGAAGUUUUGGGAGAGCUGCCGGAAAUGGUUGCCGUUGCUACGGAGGAAGAACCAUGGACCCUCUACUUUGAUGGUUCUUCUACAACCAAUAGCGGAGGAGCAGGCGUGGUGCUCAUUAACCCUGAGGGGCAAGAGAAAUGGACAUGGAAAAAAUGA